CAUACUUUGUCAAAGUCAGCUCUCCUUCCAAUGGCUAUUUGCGAAGAAGACAAUGUUGUUUUCUAUGUCCGCAUGGCAUGCAUACAGUAGUAUUAUGGGACUGUCAAAUUACUUUGCAUCUUCGUCUCUUUAUAUGAUCUUUGAUCGCUCCUCCCUCCUUCUGGUCUGUCAGCCCAGUAAAAAAGGUAACUCGUUUCGGAAAGAGAACCCAUUUAGUCGACCAUUUAGUAGAACGCACCAUAGUUUAAAAAUAGUUCGCGCGGAAAGAAGUCCCCAGUACCGGCUCUACUGUGUUACUGGCACCGUUCAAUCACCGAUCAUUAUGGAUAUUCGAAAGCGUCCCAGAGAAGAUUUGCCGAAUACUAGUAGUGAACCCCCGGAGAAGCGGGAUUCUGAGGCGGCGUCGCAGGAUUUCGGGCAGUGGGGUGUCGAGGACGUUUGUAGAUACCUGCGUCAAGAAGGUUAUGGGGAAUGGGAGGAUAAAUUCAGAGAGCAAAAGAUGACAGGAGUGGGAUUACGAUACCUCACAGAGACACUUCUGGAUAAAAUGGGUAUAGUGCCUCUAGGCACCCGGUUGCAGAUCCUGCACAGUCUGAGGAAGCUGUGGCAGAUGGCAGCAGAGAACACCAAGGUGUUUAAUGACCCCAUCCAUGGCCAUGUAGAGAUGCAUCCUCUACUGGUCCGUAUCAUGGACACCCCUCAGUUCCAGAGGCUCCGCCACAUCAAGCAGCUGGGAGGAGCAUAUUUCGUCUUCCCUGGGGCCUCCCACAACCGCUUCGAACACUCCAUAGGGGUGGGCUACCUAGCAGGUCGGCUGGUCCAGGAGUUGAGUGAGAGACAACCAGAGCUCCUCAUCUCCAGUAGAGAUAUCCUGUGUGUCCAGAUUGCUGGGCUCUGUCACGACCUGGGUCAUGGUCCUUUCUCCCAUAUGUUUGAUAGCAUGUUCAUCCCCAAAAUGCAUCCAAAGUCCAAGUGGAAGCAUGAGGAGGCGUCCCUUGCGAUGUUUGACCAUCUGGUGUCUGUAAAUUCCUUGGAGCCAGUGAUGAAGGAUCAUGGCCUGGUCCUACCUGAUGACCUGGUCUUCAUCAAGGAACAGAUUGCUAGACCACAGAACACUGUCCCUCUCAGACAGGGGUGGCCUUAUAAGGGCCGUCCAGUGGGGAAGUCUUUCCUCUAUGAGAUUGUGGCCAACAAAUCGACCGGCAUCGAUGUGGACAAGUGGGACUACUUCGCCAGGGACUGCUACCACCUGGGCAUCCCGAAUAACUUUGACUACCAUCGCUUCCUCAAGUUUGCUCGUGUGUGUGAGGUAGAUGGGAAGAAGCAGAUCUGCACCAGAGAAAAGGAAGUGGGUAAUCUAUACGACAUGUUCCACACACGCAACUACCUCCACAGAAAAGCCUACCAGCACAAAGUGGGACACAUAAUAGAGACAAUGAUCACAGAGGCCUUCAUCAAGGCAGAACCCCACAUCCUGAUUCAAGGUUCAGGGGGAGAAAUGUUCACCAUCUCCAGAGCAAUAUAUGACAUGGAGGCCUACACUAAACUCACUGACCAUGUGUUUGAGCAGAUCCUGUACUCGUCAUCCUCUGAGCUGGCAGAGGCCAGAAAGAUCCUCCACAACAUCACCUGCAGAAACCUCUACAAGAAUUUGGGACAGACCCAAGCCAAGAAACGUGUGGAGGUCUCACAGGAACAGCUCCAGGAAUGGGCAAGUGAAUUGGCGACGUGCAGGCCUGAGAGCGACCUCCAGGGCGUCACUCUAAAGCCAGGGGACUUUGUAGUCAAUAUCAUCAACAUGGACUGGGGUAUGAAGGAGAAGAACCCCAUCAACAACAUGCGUUUCUACUGUAAGAAUACCCCAACCAAAACCACCCGGAUCAGCAGGGACCAGGUGUCUCAGAUGCUGCCAGAUCAGUUUGCUGAGCAGCUGAUCAGGGUCUACUUUAAGGAGAGAGAUGAGAAGACCGUGGAGGCAGCUAAGAUUAACUAUGUCAAGUGGUGCUUGGACAACAACUUCUCCAAGCCUCAGGACGGAGAUUCGAUUGCACCGGAGCUCACCCCUCUGAAGCGAAGCUGGGCCCACAAUUAUGAUGAGAACGAUGAUGAAGAGGAUAGCCAGGGAGGAAGAAGCAGGGCUGCAGUCAACAUUGGACAACAGAAGGCAAAAGCCAGACUCUUUUAGGAGGAUGAGAAAGAGGAUCUGUCUGUUUACUUCUUAUGGCAGUUGUCACCAAUCCUGGUUCUGGAGAGCUACAGGGUAUGCAAGGUUUUGUUCCAACGCAGCACUAACACACCUGAUUCAGCUAGUCUAGGUUAUAAUGAUUAAUUGAGUAGCUGAAUCAGUCGUUGAUGCUGGGUUGGAACAAACCGUUGCAUACCCUGGUGCUCCCUAGGACUAGGGGGUUGGGGACCAACGAUGGUGGACAAAUGUCUUGCUCAGGCCAUUUACCUUUGAAAAAAAUGGUCAUUGUUCUCAUCUUAAAGGAAAACUCCACCCAAAAUGCUAUUUUCAUAUUUGUCAUUAGUCCAUUGUUGAUACGGCACCAAUUGUUUUGCAUUUCAGCAAUCAAGUUAAAGAUAUCUAACUUUCGAAAUACAGACAUACAGCUGGUAUGAUUUAUUUUGCAUCGUAUGAUACAAAACGCAGCAUCAUACCGGCUGUAUUUUGAAAGUUGUGCAGUAUAUCUUGAGAACUUGAUUGCUGACUUGCAAAACAUUUUGGGAGUAUAUCAACAAUGGUCUAAUGAAACAAAUACCAAAGUUUAGUUUUUGGGUGGACAUCAAUGGGAUAGCAGCUGGGUCUGGUCUGCUUAGUUCAUUGACUCUAUAUGAACCAGAGAAUAUUAGGGAGUUGGAGAUCAGUGUCUAGGAGCAACGUCCAGAAGAAGACCUUUGUCUCAGGGUUCUGUUCACGCUCAGUUCUGUUAGGGAUUAUAUCAUAUAGUCUUUAUUUUAUUCUCUUUUUAUCUCGUUUUAUUUUAAGCAUAUGUUCUAGGUUUUUAAGUGCGGUUAUUUUGCCUUAUUUAAUUAUCGGUGGUAUUACAUUGUGUGGGAGCCUGCUAGUGUGAAAAUACUACCUGACUUCUCUGGCUAUGCAUCUUGAUGUGCCACGAUCAUACAGGCAUCUUUCAGACAGCCUAGCAGCAACUGUUACAUAUUUAUACAACCUGAUGAAAGUUGUUCUCAAACCCUUUUUGGACAAUCAUGCUUGUUUUACAUUGUAGCUGAGUAUGUAAUUGUUUCAUGGUAUUGUAUCACAAUUGUUUGUCUUUCAGGGCAUUGUCUUUCUUAUAAGCAUGGUUUCUACGAGGUUUUAGUUUAUAUAUAGGCACCCACCAUAGCUAGCCUGGUCGUUGACAUACAUACAGUAUGUUUGGUGAGGUAGGGGUUGACUAAAGCACAUAAAGAUCAGAGAUCUGUCUACUGUAUAUUUGAUUAUUUUCCUAAAAGUGGCCACUUGAACUGACAAACAGAGAUGGGUCACAGUGUGCAGUGCAGUGUGGGUAGUGUAGUCAGUUAUACAUACACAAUGCAUGCGGUGUGUGAUUCAGACCUGAAACUUUUUUGGUUUUGAUUUGGAAUGUUUCUGAUUAGUGUGGUGUUUCUCUAAGUGCUGCGGUAUCACAUUGUUUUCAUCCAUGUUACCUUUGAGUCUGGCUAUGUUAUCUUCAUUUAAACAAUAUAAACACAACGUUUACCAUACAGUCUGCAUCAAGAUGAGUCCACAGCUGUUGGUCAUUGAUGGUAUGUUUGUUGAUUUAAUUAUGUGCUUUGUUUUUUUUAAAUAUAUGAUGAAAGACAAAUUGUAGAGGCAGUCAACGUUUCAGGGAUUUUAUGAUACAGAGUACAACUGUCAAAAGCUGUGAAAUACAACUAUUUUCUCUGCCUGGC